UGGGGUGCGUGCAUGAGCGCGCGCACACUCGUACUCAAAGGUACGGUACAUAAUUAGAUUUUAUAUAAGUAACGAUCAGACUAAUCUGGUUUAGCUUCGCAUGCUGAGAGUACGAUCGAGAUUCAACGUGACGAGUACUUACGAAUAUGCGAAAAUCUUUUUGAAAAUUAUAAGCUGCUGAUCUUUUCAUCGAGAGACCGACGUGGUGAAAGAGUCUAUUUAGACAUUAUAAUUGAACUGGUAUAAUUUGUAUUGAGUUACUACUUUCUAUCAUGGCGGAUCAGGGCAGUCAAUUUGUAACGCAAUACUACACCGUAUUUGACAAUGAUAGAACGCAGCUUGGACGUUUUUACACGAAUGUGAGCAAGCUGUCAUUUGAAGGAGAUGAAUUUCAAGGGCCAGAUGCGAUUCGUGCAAAACUUGUGGGUUUGCCGUUCAAAAAAGUGACUCAUGUUAUAUCAACAGUAGAUUGCCAAAUUACAGUCGACAACAAGCUUCUUAUCGCUGUACUUGGACAGCUAAAGACGGAUGAUGAUCCUCCACAUAGCUUCUUCGAAAUUUUUUCAAUCGGUGAAGAAAAUGGGUCCUUCAUGAUUUUAAACGACAUCUUUAGGCUAUCCCUCCAUACAAUGUAGGAUAAAGAUGCCUCCGUCACAGUUUGUUAUGUGUAAUUGUGUACA